GAUGGGCGCUGCUUGGAUCCAUGCAGAUCUGGGGCGGCUCUUUGCCAAGCUGGGGCCCAAAGGAACCCAGGCUGGUUUGGAAGUCGUUGAUGGCGUUUCCGUGGAUGGGCAUGCUCGGAACUGGCAUGCAGGAGGUUCCCCAAGUCUGCGGGCGCGAUCAGUUCUUGUCAGAGGUGGCACCAAGCUACCUGCAGCGCCCAAUGUCAGGCCCACGGUGCACCUGGCUGUCUUUUUGCCGUCGGAGCCCACCGGGAUGCAGGUGAAGUUGAUCCUGAACCAGGCGCGUGCACGGUUGCUUCCUUCCCCGUUGCUGGGCACGGUGCUUCCUGCUGUGCUGGGCCUGUUGCGGCAGGAUCCACGUCCUCCAACACCAGAGCUGCCGGAUCAGUUUAUUGAGGAACAUGUGGAAACGCCUAGCCACCAAGAAGCUCCUCUUCCGGACACCGUUCUCGGAGGGAUGGCCCUGUUUGUUGAGAUGGAUGUGCGAAACUGCUGUGCAGUGCUGCCUCUGAAACCACAACUCCCUUCCAAGCUGCCUGACAUCGCUCCUGACACAGACCUGGAUUACGACGGCCUGGUGGUUUCAGCCAAAGUCAUCCAUGCCAACUUGGCCUCAAACCUGUCGGAAGAGUCAUUGGGUUUGUCGGUUGAGGAUGCGACGGUAGUGGCUCCAGGUGGUUACGCGAUCAUGGAGCCCAUGGCAAAAGUGGAGCUUAGAUAUCUCGCAUCGUGGCACGAGCCACCGGAAGGACCCAAAGCCCCUUUGAGAUUCCUGACCAUUCGCUUGCCCUUGGCGAGCCUGUCCGUGUCCUUGGCCGUGAUGCGGACGGUAAAGCACAUUGCCACCACCUUGGCGAAGGGUUUUGCUUCAGACGAACAGGCCACAGCACAGCCAAGUGCAUUGCAAGAGG